AUGGGAAGACAGACGACGCCAACCCAAACUUGUUACGAAGCGCCAUAUAUUCUCCGCGUGAAGAGUUGGCUGGCAGCACUUCUCCUACUCUGUACCUCGGCACACCGCCCCAAGCCAUCCGUCCAGCCACAAAAUGGGUUUGUUAUGAAUAUAGUAAGCCGGGAGCCAGCUAAAAUCGUUCUUAGGUCUAAGCUCGAAGUCAUUAUCAGAGCUAGUGGCAGGAACAAUGCUAAUCGUGAAUGGUAA